AUGCCUCCCAAGAAGAGCCAACAACCUAAUUGGCCUAAGCGAAGACAGUCCAAGCGAAUGCGACGUUCCGACCUCACAGAGACGGCUCCUGAGACAGAGCAUACACGUUUAGCAGCUACAAAUUCCAACACAGCUAAUUUGAUGACGGUGGAUGUGAACGCCUUAACUUCGUCUAUUUCCCUCGCUGUAACCGAGGCAGUUCAACGGGCCUUUGAGAAGAUUCCCCAAACGCAAGUUGAAAAGUGCCAGCACAAGCCUACUGGCGUAGAGGCAGUGGUUGAUGAAGAGGUUUCUCUUCUGAUCGAAAGUACACCUCCAAGUACGUCAUCCAAUCCGCUCCCGUCGCCAGGCAACAAAAAACCAUUUGCUAGUAUAGCCGUAGCUCUAGGCAGUAACGUAACUCCCAAACUUCAUGGGAAAAUCUGGCCAAAUGAGUAUAUCGAUUUCAGGGCACUACUUUCCGUCUCCCCAGCUACUGAAAAGUAUUCUUUUUCUUUCAAGUCCACUGAUAGCUCCCCGAGAGAACCCCAGUUGACCCUGGAGCCUUUUCAACCCUCUACGAAAAUUCAUAGCUUUAAUCAAUGGCUAUCAGCUUUCAAUACGUUUGUAGCCAUAUUUACAGAGAAAUUUCCCCAUGAAACCCCGCAACUUAUGAAAUAU